AGUUCCUUGCGACAUUUCAACUACGAACCAGAAAACCUGUUCCAUAAGCAUCAAUGGCUCCCGCCUGGGUCCACCCUCUGGUCGCGGUAGUCAAGAGGGACAUUGUCAACGAUAGUUUGGUCACAAGUAUUGAGUCACAGUGGCAUAAUCCCAAAGACACACUGUCCGUGCUCCUUCUUCUCAGCCCAGACGUCAUUCGACAAGCUAUUGCCCAGCAAACCGGCCGUCGGAUCGUCCCCGUUGCCUUUUCGUUUGGAUGGGUUGCUUAUGGAGCGAUGUCUCUCCUCCAUACUUUUGGGGAUGGCCAUCUCAUGCCCCCCACCGACGUCAACAACGUCCUUGUUCUCACUGCAGACAGCGGCCAUGUCCGGUCCUCCUCCAGCUGGGUGCUUGGACGGCUUCUACGGGACGUAACACACAGCGUUGACAAUGGAAUACGACAUGAGCAGGCAAAGGUCGCUUCUACAGGGGCAGAGCCGUUCAAACAGGGACAGCAACCAAGCGUGGCAGCGGUUGAGCAGCAGAAAUCGAUGGAAUCCACACCCUGGGAGGCACUGCGUGUGUCUAUAUACCAACUCGACGAUAGAGCCGAUGACACAGUCCCACAGGUAGACGGCGUGUGGCGGUCCGGUGUGGUCACAAUACUAAUCCAGCUGGUCCUCUCGAUCGUACCCUGCCUUGUCUACCGGGAGUGGCACGUCUUUCUCAUCACCGCAGCCGGCACGAUCCUGGCCCUGGCGACCUCCUCCUUGCCGCAGUGGCGAGAUGAGAAGUGGGCGUGUCCCAAGACGGGCGGGCCUACGGUUGCUAUCACGACGGGGAAUGGCAGCAGGCAUGUGAUCAUAGUCGAGAACGAUCGCAAAAACGACAAGGGGCUACAUUUGGAACUCUUGGCCCACGGUACACGCGUUUUCCGGCCUUCUCUGCUGACCAAGAUUUCAUGUGUUGCAUUUGCAACGCUGUGGAUCUGUUUGCUCAUCACCAUGGCUGGGAUCGAGGACAAUACGUGGUACCUACUCGCAAUCGGCGCGAUUGGCAGUGCCCAAAACCUCUACGCCGCCGCCGCCAUACGCUCACCAGCCGCGCAUGGGAUUCAUGUCAAAUUGAAGGAGACCAUCGUUGACUCAAAAGUGGCCCCGGUCCUGAAGCGUGUUGAGCAGAGAUACCCUUCACUUGGGCUGUCUCUGGUAGAGAUUUUCUUUCCUGCGUCGCUACGGGUGAAAGAUCCGGAGGACCUCGAGUUUUGGAGGGGCGCAAUGGAGAGGAGGUUGGCGGAGAACAAGCACGGCAUCAGACUUGACAGGAUUGGCGAGGUUUCAGCUGGCCAACCUGAAGUGGCUUCUCGAGAUGCGGUGCAGGGAGUGUAGACGAUGCUGCCUACGGAUAGGGGGAAGGAGUGGUGCUCGAGGAAGGUGGCUCUCGAACAUUCAGUGCUGUCGAAGCUGCUGAUGUAUGGUUGGCUAUUUUGAUGCAAUGGGACGCAAGUUAGGAGCUCCGCUUAGCAAUAUCAGCAGCUGAAAAACAGACACUACACCCCGCCCUCGAAGACGACUAUCCAAAAACAAUGGUGCGGGGUAACCUUCAUCAUACCUUUG